CCGAUUCAAGGCGUAGCGGAGACCGGGAGAGGUUAGAUGACUCCACAUGCGGCGCACGUCAUUGCAAAGCUCCCGAGUUGCGCCGCCCGUCCGAAAGAGAAACUAAAACCCUAGAGUUUUCCCUUAGGUUUCUCUCCGGGGCGAUCGGACCACCGGCGUCGAGAGAGUAGAAACCAUGGACUCCUCGUCGGCCAACGCCGGCGUCUGGUCGGGACCUUCUCCGACUCUAAACCCGGAGUCGCUGUCCUUGCUUCGCGAGGGGAUCUCGCUCGUCCUCUCCCAGUGGACCGCGCUGCGGAUGGCCAUCGAGAACGAGUGGGGCGGAAGAGACUCCCAUCGGAAAUCGGAGGAGCUCGUAUCCACCAUCCUCUACUGGUUCACCCAAUCGAAACCUCCGCUUUAUAUUGAUGAUCUGGAAAACAUACUAGACGAGAACUUGGUGCUUUCUUUCAACACUGAAAUCGAGGAUGGCAGCGUCGAGGAGGUAGCUGAACAUUUGAUGAUUAUGCAUGAAGAUUGUCUUAAAGGUAAUUUUGAACCAAUUGAGAAGCUGAGGAAGUUGGGUCCUGGGACAAAUGCUAUUUCUCAAAGUAGACGGGUGAUUGAUGACAAGGAAGAUGAGAGUUCAGAUGAAGAAAUAUCAGAUAUGAUGGUGGAUGAGCCAAAGCCAAAUGAAAUGGCUGUGGAUAAGCCAAAUAAAAUGGCCAUGGACGAGCCAAAGCCAAAUAAAAUGGCCAUGGACGAGCCAAAGCCAAAACAAAUGACUGAUGAAGAAGGAUGGUCUGUCGUCCCUCCCAGGCGUAACAGAGGUAAAAGGUCGGGGUAGAAUAAUCCAGAGAAUGCGAGCAAUCAUAUCAACGCCAGUGCAUGAAAACAUGCAAAGCUCUCAAGAAGAAGCAUGAAUUGCUGUAAUCCGUGACCUGAUCUUCCCUGUCAUUCAUGAAUAAAUACUCCGCCAAUUUUGGCUAAUAGACUUGUUUCUCUCCUUUAUCAUAAAAACUAGAAAACAGUGGGUUGUAUUUAUUCAAAACGCGAGCAGCUGUAGAGAUGUGGAGGAUGGAAAUGCAUGAAGUCGAUUUUGUGUGUUAUAGUAGUAGUAGUAGUUUUGGAGCCGUACAUGUCCAUGGUGAAUGCUUUUGUUUCUGGGGCCUCUGAUUGCAUCUCUUGCUAUCCCGCUCCCUCUUUUCUUUGAUGACAGUAAAUUUGUUGCCAUUAAA